CAUCAGCCCUCUAAAUUGUCAGUGUCUCCAUUAAAAUUUACAGCCCUCUUUCUUCAGCUUCCUACCUAUCAACUCCAAAAACAUAAUAAAUGCAACUUUAAAUCAAUAAAUAAGCUUUCUUUGAACUUUCUUUCUCACCUUCUAUAAAUACAUAAAACAAGCUGCAUGUUACAUUGCAUACAGUUCUGACAUAAAAAAAUAUAUAUAUAGAGUAAGAGUUUGUAAUUUAUGCUACAUUGACUUUGGAAUGGUAUACAAAAUGAUUAAUGUACCUGUUGAAGCUAAUUACCUUCAGAAACCAACAUUCUUGGUUCUAAUCUUUGUUUUAGGAGUGUUUACUUGUUCUAGUCAUGGCUUCUCCUUUGAAUUUUAUGCAUUGUCGUGCCCAGGUGUCGAGUUUGUAGUCCGGGAUGCUGUAAGAUCAGCUGCUUCUACUGAUCCGACUGUUCCAGGGAAACUUCUUCGCUUGCUCUUCCAUGAUUGCUUCGUCAAUGGAUGUGAUGCAUCAGUACUAGUAGAAGGGGAUGGAACAGAGAAAGCAGAUCCUGCAAAUAAAUCUCUAGGAGGAUUUGAAGUAAUAGAGACGGCUAAAAGAGAGCUAGAAUUGUUCUGCCCUGGAACUGUUUCAUGUGCUGAUAUUCUUGCACUGGCUGCUAGAGAUGCUGUUGUCAUGGCUGGAGGGCCGGAUAUUCAGAUGCCGACUGGUAGGAGAGACGGAAUGGUUUCUACAAUAUCGAAUGUCAGGCCUAACAUCGUUGACACGAGUUUCACGGUGGAUGAUAUGGCUAAGAUUUUCAGCUCUAAAGGGUUGAGUUUGACUGAUCUAGUCAUUUUAUCAGGUGCACACACCAUCGGGUCAGCACAUUGUAACGCUUUCAGUGACCGGUUUCAAGUAAGUUCAAAGGGCAACCUCACUUCUGUUGAUUCAUCACUAGACAAAGACUAUGCAGAAAAAUUGGCUAAAAAAUGUGCAUCAAGCACAUCUGCAACUGUUAACUUCGACCCUAAGACAGCCUUCUCAUUCGACAAUCAAUACUACAAAAAUUUGAUGGAGAAAAAAGGACUGCUCCAAACUGACUCAGUCCUGUUCAAUGACCAAAGAACAAAAAACUUGAUUGAGCAAUUUGCUAGUGACUUGAACAGUUUCUACGAGGGAUGGAGUGAAUCAUUUUUGAAGCUCAGCAGUAUAGGAGUUAAGACUGAUGGCGAAGGCGAGGUACGACAAAUUUGUUCAAGAAUAAGUGGAUGAGCAUGGAAGAUGAUAGUGAAUUAUGGUGUUGCAAAAAUUUCAUUGAAUGGUUUCUUUAGCUCCAAUUUGAGCAUUAGACUCUGUAUUUAUUGCAUAUAAAUUUUCUUUCUUAAAUACAAUAUUCCAGUUGAUUGUUUUCCUUUAA